UACUAAAAAACAAGAGCAUCAGUUAGAGGGAGAGCAUCAAAAUUUCAUAAGUUCAGAAAAAGAUAAAAGAGUAAAAAGAUGCUUUUGCAUAUAAAUUCACAUCCAUUUUGUCCAAGAAGAUAAAAAUUUCAUGGUUUCCAUUCUUUCACAGUUUCUUGCUCACACAAACCCUGUGUUUGAAUCAUUUUCUCUUUGCCAUUUAUACUAGUUCAUCGAGACGUUUCGAGUUUAUACAAUCCAGGGCAGACAUGGAUGGUGGAAUAAGAGAACCACUCAUGGCUGAUGAAAGCAGAAGAGGGGAUCAAUGGAUGGUUUAUCUCAGCACACUUGUUGCUGUCUGUGGCUCUUACGAAUUUGGAUGCUGUGUCGGUUAUUCGUCACCAACCCAGUCUGCAAUUAGGGAAGAUCUUAAUUUAACAUUAGCAGAGUAUUCAGUGGUUGGCUCCAUUUUGACAAUUGGUGCAAUGGUAGGAGCUAUCACUAUUGGGCCUAUUGCGGAUUUUCUUGGUCGAAAAGGGGCCUUGAGAAUGUCUUCUGCUUUCUGUGUUGCAGGUUGGCUUGCUAUUUACUUCUCCGAGGGGGUUUUGUCAUUGGACAUUGGGAGAAUGGCAAGUGGAUACGGAAUGGGAGCCUUUUCGUACUUGGUACCUGUUUUCAUAGCUGAAAUCGCACCCAAAAAUCUUCGAGGAAGACUGACUGCUGUAAAUCAGUUAAUGAUCUGUGUUGGAAGCUCUGUUUCCUUCAUAAUCGGGGUAGUCGUAAGUUGGAGGGCAUUAGCAUUAAUCGGAAUUGUGCCGUGUGCUGUGUCUAUUUUCGGUCUUUUUUUCAUUCCCGAGUCUCCACGAUGGUUGGCAAAGACAGGACGCCAUAAAGAUUUCAAAGCUGCACUACAGAAACUUCGUGGCAAAGACGCUGACAUCUCUCACGAAGCAGCAGAAAUCCAGGAUUACAUAGCAACUCUUGAACGACUCCCUAAAGCGAAGUUGCUGGAUUUGAUUCAAACGAGAUACUUGCGCUCAGUCCUUAUUGGCAUCGGGCUGAUGGUCUGCCAACAAUUAGGGGGAAUUAACGGGGUUGGUUUCUAUGUCAGUGAUAUUUUUGAGCAAGCAGGAUUCUCGUCCAGCGUUGGGACUAUAUCCUUUGCUGUUCUUCAGGUUGUGGUUACUGGUAUUAGUGCAUCCGUGAUGGAUAAAGCCGGAAGAAAGCCUCUAAUUGUGCUCUCUGCAUCAGGCUUGGUACUCGGAUCUCUCCUGACUGCCAUUUCAUUCUUUCUCAAGGUUCAUGACUUGGCACACAAGGCAUCUCCCAUACUUGCUGUAACCGGCAUUCUGGUCUAUAUUGGAUCCUUUGGGAUAGGAAUGGGAGCAGUUCCUUGGGUCAUUAUGUCUGAGAUAUUCCCGAUAAACAUUAAAGGGCAGGCCGGAAGCGUAGCAACACUAGUGAACUGGUUCGGCGCAUGGUUGUGUUCCUACACUUUCAACUAUCUUAUGAGUUGGAGCUCCUACGGCACCUUCGUUUUGUAUGCCGCAAUCAACGCACUGGCCGUAGCUUUCGUGGUUUCGAUGGUCCCUGAAACGAAAGGGAAAACCCUGGAACAGAUUCAAGGAGCCAUUAACAAGUAGAGAACAAAGGGAAGAAAACGAAAAGAAAUGAGGAGCAUUUGUUUACUGCAGUAAUUCUGCGUGAAAUUUAGACAAAUGAAUGCAGAAACUUGGCAGAUGAAAUCUUUGAAAACCAGAAGAAUAUUGUGCUGCUAUUUUCCCAGAUAAUAAAACCAAUUCGCGACAGAAUUAGGUUU